AUGGCCGACGUCCGAUCACUCCUCCGUCAGCAGCGCGCUGCCAGACGAAUCGAGCACCCCUAUGCUGCCUAUUCGGAUGCGGGCAAGCUCCUCUGUACCCUCUGCCACGAGGCAAUCAAGUCCGAAUCACUUUGGGACGGCCAUGUCCGCGGGUCAGGACAUACGACGAAGCUCAAGGCCGUCCAGCACGCCUCUACCGAUACGAACGGUUCGGCAGCCGCGGGCGACACGCCGUCGAACAAGCGGAAGCACGACUCAGAUGAGGAUAUGGAAGACGAGGAUGCGGCAGACGCUGUGCGGAAAAAGCGAAGCAAGACAAAUAUGAGCACUCCUUCCCGGUUGUCCCUCGGCGAGUCGGACCGAGACCUCAAGGAUGUGACGCUCACGCCGCCGUCGCUGAAUCGUCGGACAUCCACAACACCUGUUCAGGGCGUCGAGAUACAGAUUCCCUCACGGCCCCAUACGCCCGCGUACAAGGACGGUACAUCUUCAAAUUCGACGCCGAUUGUGCAGCCAGUUGGCCCCUCGCCGUUGAUUCCGCAGGAGGCAGCGUCAGCGAACGCAACUGCGGCACCAGCUGCACAAGAGAAUGGCGCAGCCGCGAAAACUGGGUCCGGUAGAGCUCAGGUGGACGAAGACGAGUGGGCAGCUUUCGAAGCGGACAUCGCAGCAGCGACAGCACCGUACUCCGAAGAUGCCGUGAUUGCUGCCCCAGCCAUGACGGCGGAGGAAACCGCUGCGGCGGCGAAGACGGAAGAGGAAGAACAAGAAAAGAGGCGACUUGCCGCCGAGAAGGAUCUUUUGGAUGAGAAGGAGGAGGCCACGAGAGCUUUGGAGACGGAGUUCGAGGACAUGGAGGAGCUCGAGGCCAGGGUUCGGAGAUUGAAAGAAAAGCGUGAGGCAUUGAGGAGGCAGAGCGAUGCGGGUACGGCUGCGCCUGCUACUAGACCUAUGGGCAAGCCUGCUGAAGCCACUGGGAAGGAGAACGUUGAAGCGGUUGGCGAGGAGGAGGAGGAUGAGGACGAGGACGAGGACGACUUUAUGGGCUUCCGCUAUCGUUCGUAA